AUGUCAACAUCACCAUCAACUAUUGCUGCAGCAACAGCUUAUGCACUUCAUCAUCAUCAUGUACAUACACAUCAUCAUAUACAUCCAUUUCAUCAACAACAACAACAACAACAACAACAACAACAACAACAACUUGAUACAUCAUCAUCAACAAAUCCAUUUUUUUAUUCAACAUCUUCAGAUUCAUCAAAUGAUUUAAUUUUACAACAAAAUGAUAUUAAACCACCAAAUAAUUAUUUAUUUACAACAAGUAACAGUACAACAAAUAUAAAUGGACGUAAAAGUAUUUCACCAUCACCAACAAGUCCAAUAAAUAGUACAGCAUGGCCAGUUAUAAUGCAACAUCAUCCACAUAAACAACAUACAUUAUCUAUUGAAGAUUAUUGGACAUCAAAUUCAUCAAAUUAUUAUGCAUCAUCAAAUUAUCAUCAUCAUCAUCAACCAUAUUUAACAAAUCAUCAAUUUAUACCAACAUAUGGAUCAUCAUCAAAUGAUCAUGAACAUCAUUUUCAAAUACCACCACCACCACCACCAACAUCAUCAUCUUUAGAUGAUAAUGAUUUAAAUUUAAUUCAAACACCUAAUAAUAAUAAUAAUAAUAAUCAAACAAUGAAUAAUGAUGAUGAUGAACAUCAAAUAAAUAUUGAUAAUAAUGAUUUAAAUCGUUUUUCAAAACAAUUUAAACAACGUCGUAUUAAACUUGGUUAUACACAAGCUGAUGUUGGUCUUGCACUUGGAAAUCUUUAUGGUAAUGUAUUUAGUCAAACAACAAUAUGUCGUUUUGAAGCAUUACAAUUAAGUUUUAAAAAUAUGUGUAAAUUACGUCCAUUAUUAGCUAAAUGGUUAGAAGAUUCUGAAUCUCAAACAGGUACAACAAAUUCAAUGGAAAAAAUAGCUGCUAGUGGACGUAAACGUAAAAAACGUACAUCUAUUGAAGUUAGUAUAAAACAAGCACUUGAAUUACAAUUUUCACGUAAUCCUAAGCCAGCUGCACAAGAUAUAGCACAAUUAGCUGAUCAAUUACAACUUGAAAAAGAAGUUGUACGUGUAUGGUUUUGUAAUCGACGACAAAAAGAAAAACGUGUUACACCACCAUUAGGAAAUGGUACAGCAUCAGCAUCAAAUAAUCAUCAUCAUCAUACCAAUAGUCCAAGUCCAUCAUCGACACCGACAGGAACAACAGGAGACUAUUAUGAAUAUCAUUAUCCAACACAUUUGUAA